AUGUCUUCAACAUCUCCAUAUACGUGUAUUACAUGUCAUGUUGCAUUUAAUAAUGGUGAAUUACAACGUGCACAUUAUAAAACUGAUUGGCAUCGUUAUAAUCUUAAACGUAAAGUAGCUGAUCUUGGUCCAAUUACUGCAAAUGAUUUUGCAGAAAAAGUUGAAGUUAUUCAACAACAACAACAACAACGUUCAGAAAAAAAUCUUGAUGUUAAUAAUCGAACAUCAUUAACAUGUAAAGAUUGUGGGAAAGCUUUUACGUCAGAAAAUGGUCUUUUAAAUCAUAUGAAAUCGAAAAAACAUAUUGAGACUGUUACGAAAAAUGCGAAUCUUCCAGUUAAAAAUCAAUAUCAGAAAUCUCCGGCAGAAACAUCAAAAGAGUCGAAUAAUGAAGUGCAGAUGGAAGAAGUAGAAGAUGAAGAUGAAGAAGGUGAUGAUAAUGAUGAUGAUGAUGAUUGGAAUGAUAUGGAUGAUGGAGCGACAGUUACUAAUGCAUCUGUAUUGGAAGGUGAAACUCAAGUACUUGGCACUCCAUUACGUUUAGAAGAAUGUCUAUUUUGUCCAGUAAAAUCAUCCAAUCUCGAAGAAAAUCUUAGUCAUAUGGCACAUGCACAUAGUUUCUUUUUACCAGAUGUUGAAUAUAUUAAAGAUUUACCAGGUUUAAUCGAAUAUCUCGAUGAAAAAGUUGGUAUAUUUCAUGUAUGUUUAUGGUGUAAUAAGAAAUCUUUUCAUGAUGUUCUAUCUGUUCAACGACAUAUGACUGCUAAAGGUCAUUGUAAAAUACUUUUUGAUGAAAAUCCAAAUGCUGCAUGGGAAUAUGUGGAUUUUUAUGAUUAUUCAUCAACUCAUCCAGAUUCAAAUGAGAAAAAUCUUGAUGAAGAAAUUGAUGGUAAUCUUCUUGAUACUACUGGUUUUGAAUUAGUAUUACCAUCUGGUAAAACAGUUGGACAUCGAACACUUAUUCGAUAUUAUCGUCAAAGUUUAACUAAUCGAAAUAAUGAAAAAUCAUUAGAUGUUGUCCAAAGAAUAAAAGAUAAAUAUCGUGCUCUUGGUUGGUCUGGUCCAGGAACAACAGGAGAAGUAUUUCAACGCAAAGUUCGUGAUCUUAAAUAUAUGCAACAAUGGAAGUCAAAACAACAUAUGAGACUUGGUGUGCACAAUAACUUACAACAACAUCAUUUCCGAGUACAAUCUAACUACUAA